CAAGGGCCCCAAGGUGGACGUCGAAGCGCCCGAAGUGGAGGUGCAGGGCCCCGAGGGGAAAUUCAAGAUGCCCAAGUUCAAAAUGCCCAAAUUUGGGAUGCCCGGGGUGAAAGCAGAAGGUCCCGAGCUGGAGGUGACCCUCCCGAAGGGCGGCGUGGAGCUGUCCGGCCCCAGGGUGGACGUUGAGGCGCCGAGUUUGGACAUCCAGGCCCCCAAAGUCUCCGUGCCGGGCGUGGAGCUGGCCCUGAACGGCGCCAAGGCCAGCGGCGACCUGGACGUGGCCGUGCCGGGCGUGAAGGGCCCCGGGCUGGACAUCAAAGGCCCCAAGGUCGAGGUUGAAGGCCCAGAUUUGGACGUCCAGGGGCCUGAGGGCAAACUGAAGUUCCCCAAGAUGAAAAUGCCCAAAUUUGGGGUGAAGGGGGAGACCCCCAGCGUGGAGGUGACGCUCCCCAAGGGCGGAGGGGACGUUUCGGGUCCCGGCGUCGCCGUCGAGGUCCCCGGCGUGGAGCUGAAGGGCCCCAAGGUGAAGGUGCCCGAGGUGGGCAUCAAAACCCCCCAGAUCUCCAUGCCCGACAUCGACCUGAACCUCAGGGGGCCCAAAGUCAAGGCAGAUUUGGACGUUUGCACCCCAAAACUGGAAGGGGAGCUGAAGAGCCCCGGGCUGGACAUCAAAGGCCCCAAAGUUGAGGUUGAAGGCCCAGAUUUGGACAUCCAAGGGCCCGAGGGCAAACUGAAGUUCCCCAAGAUGAAAAUGCCCAAAUUUGGGGUGAAGGGAGAGAGCCCCGACCUGGAGGUGGCGCUCCCCAAGGGGGAGGUGGACGUUUCUGCCCCCAAAGUGGACAUUUCUGCCCCCAAGGUGGACAUUUCUGCCCCCAAGGUGGACAUUUCUGCCCCCAAAGUGGACAUUUCUGCCCCCAGGGUGGACAUCGAUGUCCCUGGCGUGGACGUGGAGGGGCCGGAGGUCAAAGGGAAAGGCCUCAAGUUCAAAAUGCCCGAACUCAACGUUCAGACCCCAAAACUCUCCAUGCCUGACGUGGAUCUGGGCCUGAAGGCCCCGAAACUGAAAGGGGAGGCCGGAAUUUCUGGGCUGAAGGGCCCGAAAAUCGACGUGAAAGGCCCCAAGGUGGAUGUGGAAGGUCCCAGGUUGGAUGUGGAAGGCCCCAAGGUGGAUGUGGACGUGCCCGAGGUGGACUUGGAGUGUCCAGAAGGGAAGAUGAAAGGCCCCAAAUUCCGGAUGCCGAAACUCAACAUCAAAUCCCCCAAAAUCUCGAUGCCGGACGUGGAUUUGAACCUGAAGGGACACAAAGUGAAGGGAGAGGUGGACGUGUCCCUCCCCAAGGUGGAAGGGGACGUCAAGGGGCCGAAGGUGGACGUGGAGGUCCCGGACGUCCACCUGGAGGGUCCAGAGGCCAAACUGAAAAUGCCCAAAAUGAAAUUGCCUCAUUUCAACGUGUCCGGCCCCAAAUUGGAGGGGCCCGAGGUGGACGUGGCCCUGCCCAAAGGAGAGGUGGACGUGUCCGGGCCGGAGGUGGACGUUGAGGGUCCGGAGGUGGACGUUGGAGGAGCGGAAGGGAAAUGGAAAGGCCCCAAAUUCCGGAUGCCGAAACUCAACAUCAAAUCCCCCAAAAUCUCGAUGCCGGACGUGGACCUGAACUUGAAGGGACCCAAGGGGAAGGGAGAGGUGGACGUGUCCCUCCCCAAGGUGGAAGGGGAAUGGAAAGCUCCAGAAGUGGAAAUUAAAGGGCCCAAAGUGGACGUGGAGGUUCCCGACGUGGAGCUGGAGUGUCCAGAGGGGAAGAUCAAAGGGCCCAAGUUCAAGAUGCCCGAGAUGCACAUCAAGACCCAGAAGAUCUCCAUGCCCGACGUGGACAUCAACCUGAAGGGCCCCAAGGUCAAGGGCGACGUGGACGUGUCCCUUCCAAAGCUGGAGGGUGACCUGAAGGGCCCCGAAAUCGACCUCAAGGGCCCCAAAGUGGACAUUGAUGUGCCAGACGUGGACAUCCACGGCCCUGAGGGGAAAUUCAAGAUGCCCAAGUUCAAAAUGCCCAAAUUUGGGCUGAAGGGAGAAGGCCCCGAGGUGGACGUGAACCUCCCGAAAGGAGACCUGGAUGUGUCCGGCCCCAAGGUGGACAUUGAAGGGCCAGAGGUGGACAUUGAGGGGCCAGAGGGGAAGAUCAAAGGCCCCAAGUUCAAGAUGCCCGAGAUGCACAUCAAGGCCCCCAAGAUCUCCAUGCCCGACGUCGAUUUCAACCUGAAGGGCCCCAAGGUCAAGGGUGACGUGGACGUGUCCCUUCCAAAGCUGGAGGGUGACCUGAAGGGCCCCGAAAUCGACCUCAAGGGCCCCAAAGUGGACAUUGAGGCACCCGAUGUGGACAUUCAUGGCCCUGAGGGGAAAUUCAAGAUGCCCAAAUUCAAAAUGCCCAAAUUUGGGCUGAAGGGAGAAGGCCCCGAGGUGGACGUGAACCUCCCGAAAGGAGACCUGGACGUGUCCGGCCCCAAGGUGGACAUUGAAGGGCCAGAGGUGGACAUUGAGCUGCCAGAGGGGAAGAUCAAAGGCCCCAAGUUCAAGAUGCCCGAGAUGAACAUCAAAGCCCCCAAGAUCUCCAUGCCUGACAUUGACCUGAACCUGAAGGGCCCCAAGGUCAAGGGGGGUGUGGAUGUCUCUGUCCCCAAGCUGGAGGGUGACCUGAAGGGCCCCGAAAUGGACAUCAAGGGCCCCAAAGUGGACAUUGAGGCACCCGAUGUGGACAUUCACGGUCCUGAGGGGAAAUUCAAGAUGCCCAAGUUCAAGAUGCCCAAAUUUGGGAUGCCCGGGGUCAAGGCAGAAGGUCCUGAAUUGGACGUGAACCUCCCAAAAGGAGACCUGGACGUGUCCGGCCCCAAGGUGGACAUUGAAGGUCCAGAGGUGGACAUUGACCUGCCCGAGGGGAAGGUGAAGGGCCCCAAGUUCAAGAUGCCCGAGAUGCACAUCAAGGCCCCCAAGAUCUCCAUGCCCGACAUCGAUUUCAACCUGAAGGGCCCCAAGGUCAAGGGUGACGUGGAUGUGUCCCUUCCAAAGCUGGAGGGUGACCUGAAGGGCCCCGAAAUUGACAUCAAAGGCCCCAAAGUGGACAUUGAUGUGCCAGACGUGGACAUCCACGGCCCUGAGGGGAAAUUCAAGAUGCCCAAGUUCAAAAUGCCCAAAUUUGGGCUGAAGGGAGAAGGCCCCGAGGUGGACGUGAACCUCCCGAAAGGAGACCUGGACGUGUCCGGCCCCAAGGUGGACAUUGAAGGGCCAGAGGUGGACAUUGAGGGGCCAGAGGGGAAGAUCAAAGGCCCCAAGUUCAAGAUGCCCGAGAUGCAUUUUAAGACCCCCAAGAUCUCCAUGCCCGACAUUGAUCUGAACCUGAAGGGCCCCAAACUGAAGGGGGACGUCAAUGUCUCUGUCCCCAAGUUGGAGGGAGACCUGAAAGGUCCGGAUGUGAACAUUAAAGGUCCGAAGCUGGAUGUGGACGUGCCUGAGGUGGACGUUGAAGGUCCCGAGGGGAAGUGGAAGGGACCCAAGAUCAAGAUGCCCGAGAUGAACAUCAAGGCGCCCAAGUUUUCUCUGCCUGAUGUCGACCUGAACCUGAAGGGUCCCAAAGUGAAGGGAGACGUGGGCGUGUCUGCCCCAAAAGUAGAAGGUGACGUGAAAGUGCCGGAUCUGGAGUUGAAAGGACCCAAAGUGGACGUGGAUGUCCCUGACAUUGAACUGGAGGGCCCUGAGGGGAAGAUCAAAGGCCCCAAGUUCAAGAUGCCCGAGAUGCACAUCAAGGCCCCCAAGAUCUCCAUGCCCGACUUUGAUCUCAACCUGAAGGGCCCCAAAGUGAAGGGAGACGUGGACGUGUCUGUCCCCAAAAUUGAGGGAGAUUUGAAGGCCCCCGACGUCGACAUCAAAGGCCCCAAGGUCGAUGUGGAUCUGCCCGACGUCGACCUGGAGUGUCCCGAGGGGAAGAUCAAAGGGCCCAAGUUCAAGAUGCCCGAGAUGCACUUCAAGACCCCCAAGAUCUCCAUGCCCGACAUCGACCUCAACCUGAAGGGCCCCAAACUCAAGGGGGACUUGGACGUUUCUGCCCCAAAGCUGGAAGGGGACCUGAAGGGCCCAGACGUGGACAUCAAAGGUCCCAAGGUGGACAUCGAAGCUCCCGACGUGGACAUCAACCUGCCCGAGGGGAAGGUGAAGGGCCCCAAGUUCAAGAUGCCCGAGAUGCACUUCAAGGCCCCCAAGAUCUCCAUGCCCGACUUUGAUCUCAACCUGAAGGGCCCCAAGGUCAAGGGGGACGUCGAUGUGUCCGUGCCGAAGCUCGAAGGGGACCUGAAGGGGCCGGAGGUGUCACUGAAAGGUCCAAAAGUGGACGUGGAGGUUCCCGACGUGGAGCUGGAGUGUCCUGAGGGGAAGAUCAAAGGGCCCAAGUUCAAGAUGCCCGAGAUGCACAUCAAGGCCCCCAAGAUCUCCAUGCCGGACUUUGAUCUCAACCUCAAGGGCCCCAAAAUCAAGGCGGACGUCGACGUCUCUGCUCCGAAGCUGGAAGGGGACCUGAAGGGCCCAGAACUGGACAUCAAGGGCCCCAAAGUGGACAUUGAGGCACCCGAUGUGGACAUUCACGGCCCUGAGGGGAAAUUCAAGAUGCCCAAGUUCAAGAUGCCCAAAUUUGGGCUGAAGGGAGAAGGCCCCGAGGUGGACGUGAACCUCCCGAAAGGAGACCUGGACGUGUCCGGCCCCAAGGUGGACAUUGAAGGGCCAGAGGUGGACAUUGAGCUGCCAGAGGGGAAGAUCAAAGGCCCCAAGUUCAAGAUGCCCGAGAUGCAUUUUAAGACCCCCAAGAUCUCCAUGCCCGACAUCGACCUCAACCUGAAGGGCCCCAAGGUCAAGGGCGAUGUCGACGUUUCCCUUCCCAAAGUAGAAGGGGACCUGAAGGGCCCUGAACUGGACAUCAAGGGCCCCAAAGUCGAUGUCGACCUCCCCGACGUGGAGCUGGAGUGUCCAGAGGGGAAACUGAAGGGCCCCAAGUUCAAGAUGCCCGAGAUGCACAUCAAGGCCCCCAAGUUCUCCAUGCCCGACGUCGACUUCGGCUUUAAAGGCCCCAAGGUCAAGGGCAACGUGGACGUGUCCCUUCCAAAGCUGGAGGGUGACCUGAAGGGCCCCGAAAUUGACAUCAAGGGCCCCAAAGUGGACAUUGAAGCACCCGAUGUGGACAUUCACGGCCCUGAAGGAAAAAUAAAGUUCCCCAAAUUCAAGAUGCCCAAAUUUGGGCUGAAGGGAGAAGGCCCCGAGGUGGACGUGAACCUCCCGAAAGGAGACCUGGACGUGUCCGGCCCCAAGGUGGACAUUGAAGGGCCAGAGGUGGAUGUGGAGCUGCCAGAGGGGAAGAUCAAAGGCCCCAAGUUCAAGAUGCCCGAGAUGCACAUCAAGGCCCCCAAGAUCUCCAUGCCCGAUGUCGACUUCAACCUGAAGGGCCCCAAAUUAAAGGGGGACGUCGAUGUCUCUGUCCCCAAACUCGAGGGUGACCUGAAGGGCCCAGAACUGGACAUCAAAGGGCCCAAAGUCGAUGUUGAUCUCCCCAAUGUGGAGCUGGAGGGGCCUGAGGGGAAGAUGAAAGGGCCCAAGUUCAAGAUGCCCGAGAUGCACAUCAAGGCCCCCAAGAUCUCCAUGCCUGACGUCGAUUUCAACCUGAAGGGCCCCAAGGUCAAGGGUGACGUGGACGUGUCCCUUCCAAAGCUGGAGGGUGACCUGAAGGGCCCUGAAAUCGACAUCAAGGGCCCCAAAGUGGACAUUGAGGCACCCGAUGUGGACAUUCAUGGCCCUGAGGGGAAAUUCAAGAUGCCCAAGUUCAAGAUGCCCAAAUUUGGGAUGCCCGGGGUCAAGGCAGAAGGUCCUGAAUUGGACGUGAACCUCCCAAAAGGAGACCUGGACGUGUCCGGCCCCAAGGUGGACAUUGAAGGUCCAGAGGUGGACAUUGACCUGCCCGAGGGGAAGGUGAAGGGCCCCAAGUUCAAGAUGCCCGAGAUGCACAUCAAGGCCCCCAAGAUCUCCAUGCCCGACGUCGAUUUCAACCUGAAAGGCCCCAAACUGAAGGGGGAUGUCGAUGUUUCUGUCCCCAAAAUUGAAGGUGACCUGAAAGCCCCCGAAAUCGACAUCAAAGGCCCCAAAGUGGACGUGGACCUCCCCGAUGUGGAGCUGGAAGGGCCCGAGGGGAAGAUCAAAGGGCCCAAGUUCAAGAUGCCCGAGAUGCACAUCAAGGCCCCCAAGAUCUCCAUGCCCGACGUCGACUUCAGCCUGAAGGGCCCCAAGGUCAAGGGAGACGUCGAUGUCUCUGUCCCUAAAUUGGAGGGUGACCUGAAGGGCCCAGAACUGGACAUCAAAGGCCCCAAAGUGGACAUUGAGGCCCCCGACGUGGACAUUCACGGCCCAGAAGGGAAAAUCAAAAUGCCCAAGUUCAAGAUGCCCAAAUUCGGCUUUUCUGGGCCCAAAGUGGAAGGCCCCGAGGUGGACGUGAACCUCCCCGAGGCCGACGUCAGCAUUUCGGGUCCAAAAGUCGACGUUUCUGUCCCCGAGCUGGAGCUGGAAGGCCCCGAGGGGAAACUGAAGGGCCCCAAGCUGAAGAAGCCGGAGCUGCAGUUCAACGUGCCCAAGAUCUCCAUGCCCGACAUCGACCUGAGCCUGAAGGGCCCCAAGGUCAAAGGUGACCUCGACGCUUCUCUUCCCAAGGUGGAGGGCGAGCUGAAAGGCCCCAGAGUGGACAUCAAGGGGCCGGAGCUCGAGCUGGAGGGGCCGAAGGUUGACCUGGAAGGAAAAGCUAAAAAGUCCAGGUUUAAACUUCCCAAGUUUGGCUUUUCUGGCCCAAAAGUUCAAAGCCCCGAGGUGGACGUGAAGGUUAAAAAGCCCGAGGUGGAACUGUCCGGCCCGAAAGUCGAGGUCCAGGCUCCAGAUUUGGACGUGCAGGGAAAAUCCAAGGGCUCCAAAUUCAAAAUGCCUUUUCUGAACAUUUCUUCACCCAAAGUCUCGAUGCCGGACGUGGAGCUGAACCUGAAGGGGCACAAAGUGAAGGGGGAGUUUGACCUGUCCGCCCCCAAACUGGAAGGGGAGCUGAAGGGUCCUGAGGUGGACAUCAAAGGCCCCAAGGUCGACAUCGAGGCCCCCGACGUGGACGUGCACGGCCCGGAGGGGAAAAUCAAAAUGCCCAAGUUCAAAAUGCCCAAAUUUGGUGUUCCUGGGUUUAAAGGGGAGGGGCCAGAGGUGGACGUGAACCUGCCCUCAGGAGACCUGGACGUGUCCGGUCCUAAAGUGGACAUUGAAGGGCCGGAGGUGGACAUUGAGGGCCCGGAGGGGAAGAUCAAAGGCCCCAAGUUCAAGAUGCCCGAGAUGAACAUCAAAGCCCCCAAGAUCUCCAUGCCCGACAUCGACCUCAACCUGAAGGGCCCCAAGGUGAAGGGGGACGUGGACGUGUCCCUGCCCCAGGUGGACCUGAAGGGCCCCAAGGUGGACGUGGACGUUCCCGACGUCGAAGGGCCGCAGGGGAAAAUCAAGGGACCCAAAUUCAAAAUGCCCGAGAUGAACAUCAAAGCUCCCAACCUGUCCAUGCCGGAGCUGGACCUCAGCCUGAAAGGUCCCAAGGUCAAAGGGGGGGUGGACGUCGAUCUCUCCGCACCAAAAAUGGAAGGGGACCUGAGCUUGCCGGACAUCGAGGUCAAAGGCCCCAAGGUGGACAUUGAAGGGCCAGAGGUGGACAUGGAGGGCCCAGAGGGGAAGAUCAAAGGCCCCAAGUUCAAGAUGCCCGAGAUGAACAUCAAGGCCCCCAAGAUCUCCAUGCCCGAUGUUGAUUUCAACCUGAAGGGCCCCAAAAUCAAGGGUGACAUCAAUGUCUCUGUCCCCAAGCUGGAGGGUGACCUGAAGGGCCCAGAACUGGACAUCAAGGGCCCCAAAGUGGACAUUGAGGCACCCGAUGUGGACAUUCAUGGCCCUGAGGGGAAAUUCAAGAUGCCCAAAUUCAAGAUGCCCAAAUUUGGGCUGAAGGGAGAAGGCCCCGAGGUGGACGUGAACCUCCCGAAAGGAGACCUGGACGUGUCCGGCCCCAAGGUGGACAUUGAAGGGCCAGAGGUGGACAUUGAGGGGCCAGAGGGGAAGAUCAAAGGCCCCAAGUUCAAGAUGCCCGAGAUGCACAUCAAGGCCCCCAAGAUCUCCAUGCCCGACAUUGACCUCAACCUGAAGGGCCCCAAACUGAAGGGGGACGUUGACGUUUCCCUUCCCAAACUCGAGGGUGACCUGAAGGGCCCAGAACUGGACAUCAAAGGCCCCAAAGUCGAUGUUGAUCUCCCCGAUGUGGAGCUGGAGGGGCCUGAGGGGAAGAUCAAAGGGCCCAAGUUCAAGAUGCCCGAGAUGAACAUCAAGGCCCCCAAGAUCUCCAUGCCCGACUUUGAUCUGAACCUGAAGGGCCCCAAAGUGAAGGGGGACGUGGACGUGUCCCUGCCGAGCGUGGAAGGAGACCUCAAAGGGCCAAAGGUGGAUGUGAAAGGCCCUGAAUUCGAUGUUUCUGCCCCAGAUGUUCAAAUCGAGGGCCCCGAGGGGAAGAUCAAAGGGCCCAAGUUCAAGAUGCCCGAGAUGCAUUUUAAGACCCCCAAGAUCUCCAUGCCCGACAUCGACCUCAACCUGAAGGGGCCCAAAUUAAAGGGGGACGUCGAUGUCUCUGUCCCCAAAGUGGAAGGGGACCUGAAAGGUCCCGAAAUCGACAUCAAAGGGCCCAAAGUCGAUGUUGAUCUCCCUGAUGUUGAUCUGGAAGGGCCUGAGGGGAAGAUGAAAGGGCCCAAGUUCAAGAUGCCCGAGAUGCACAUCAAGGCCCCCAAGAUCUCCAUGCCCGACGUCGAUUUCAACCUCAAAGGCCCCAAAAUCAAGGGUGACGUCGAUGUUUCUGCUCCAAAGCUGGAGGGUGACCUGAAGGGCCCAGAACUGGACAUCAAGGGCCCCAAAGUGGACAUUGAUGUGCCAGACGUGGACAUUCACGGCCCUGAGGGGAAAUUCAAGAUGCCCAAGUUCAAGAUGCCCAAAUUUGGGCUGAAGGGAGAAGGCCCCGAGGUGGACGUGAACCUCCCGAAAGGAGACCUGGACGUGUCCGGCCCCAAGGUGGACAUUGAAGGGCCAGAGGUGGACAUUGAGGGCCCAGAGGGGAAAGUCAAAGGUCCCAAGUUCAAGAUGCCCGAGAUGCAUUUCAAGGCCCCCAAGAUCUCCAUGCCUGACAUUGACCUCAAUCUCAAAGGCCCCAAAUUAAAAGGGGAUGUUGAUGUUUCCCUUCCCAAAGUGGAAGGGGACCUGAAGGGCCCAGAACUGGACAUCAAAGGCCCCAAAGUCGAUGUUGAUCUCCCCAGUGUGGAGCUGGAGGGGCCCGAGGGGAAGAUCAAAGGCCCCAAGUUCAAGAUGCCCGAGAUGCACAUCAAGGCCCCCAAGAUCUCCAUGCCCGACGUCGAUUUCAACCUGAAGGGCCCCAAAAUCAAGGGUGACGUCGAUGUCUCUGUCCCCAAGCUGGAGGGUGACCUGAAGGGCCCCGAAAUCGACCUCAAGGGCCCCAAAGUGGACAUUGAGGCCCCCGACGUGGACAUUCACGGCCCUGAAGGAAAAAUUAAAAUGCCCAAGUUCAAAAUGCCCAAAUUUGGCUUUUCUGGGCCAAAAGUAGAAGGCCCCGAGGUGGACGUGAACCUCCCGACAGGAAACCUGGACGUGUCCGGCCCCAAGGUGGACAUUGAAGGUCCAGAGGUGGACAUUGACCUGCCCGAGGGGAAGGUGAAGGGCCCCAAGUUCAAGAUGCCCGAGAUGCACAUCAAGGCCCCCAAGAUCUCCAUGCCUGACCUCGACCUGAACCUGAAGGGCCCCAAGGUGAAGGGUGACCUGGACGUGUCCCUGCCCAGCGUGGAGGGCGAGCUGAAAGGUCCCGAGGUCAGCGUCACCGCCCCCGAGGUGGCCAUCGACAGCCCCGAGGGCAAGUUCAAACUGCCCAAGUUCAAGAUGCCCAAAUUCUCCAUGCCAGGGUUCAAAGGGGACGGGGUGGACGCGGACCUGACCCUCCCCAAGGGCGACGUGGCCAUCUCGGGCCCCAGCCUGGACCUGGAGGCUCCUGAGCUGAGCGUGGACGCCAAAGUCAAAGGGCCCAAAUUUUCCAUGCCCGAGAUGAACAUCAAGGGCCCCAAGAUCUCCAUGCCCGACCUCGAUUUCAACCUGAAGGGCCCCAAACUGAAGGGGGACGUCGAUGUUUCCCUUCCCAAAGUUGAGGGAGACCUGAAAGCCCCCGAAAUCGACAUCAAAGGCCCCAAAGUUGAUGUUGAUCUCCCCGAUGUGGAGCUGGAGGGGCCUGAGGGGAAGAUCAAAGGGCCCAAGUUCAAGAUGCCCGAGAUGCACAUCAAGGCCCCCAAGAUCUCCAUGCCCGACGUCGAUUUCAACCUGAAGGGCCCCAAAAUCAAGGGUGAUGUUGACGUCUCUGUCCCCAAGCUGGAGGGUGACCUGAAGGGCCCCGAAAUCGACCUCAAGGGCCCCAAAGUGGACAUCCAGGCCCCGGACGUGACCCUGGAAGGGCCCAAGGUCAAGAUGCCCGAGAUGCACCUCAAGACCCCCCAGAUCUCCAUGCCCGACAUCGACCUGAACCUGAAGGGCCCCAAGGUGAAAGGUGACGCCGACCUGCACGGCCCCAGGCUCGAGGGGGGUCUGAAGGGCCCCGAGUUGGACAUCAAAGGCCCCAGAGUGGACGUGGAGGGCCCGGCGGUCGACGUCGAUGGUCUGGAGGGGAAAGUGAAGCUGCCCAAAAUGAAAAUGCCCAAAUUUGGUUUGAAGGGGGAAGGUCCCGACGUGGAUGUGAACUUGCCGAAGGCCGAACUGGACCUGUCCGGCCCCAAAGUCGAUCUCAGCCUGCCAGAGGUCAACGUUGAAGGUCCGGAGGGCAAAGUGAAAGGCCCAAAGCUGAAAAUGCCCGAAAUGCACGUGAACGUCCCCAAAAUCUCCAUGCCCGAGAUAGACUUGAACCUGAAAGGCCACAAAACCAAGGGCGGCUUUGACGUUUCCACCCCCAAGGUGGAAGCUCACCUGAAGGGCCCCGAGGUCGACCUCAAAGGCCCAGAAUUCGGGGUCAAAGGCCCCGAGGUCGACGUUGAGUGUCCCGACGUGAACGUGGAGGUCCCGGAAGCCAACAUCAAAGGUCCCAAGUUUAAAAAGUCCAAAUUUGGGUUCGCCAUGAAAAGCCCCAAGGCGGAGGUGGACUUUCCCGAGGCGGAGCUGAGCGUGGAGUCCCCCGAGGCCCACCUGUCCGCCAAGGGCAAGAAGAGCAAGUUCAAGAUGCCCAAAAUCCACAUGAGCGGCCCCAAAGUGAAGGAAAAGGGGGCGUUCGACGUCACCGCGGCGGGGGCCGAGCUGGACCCGGAGCUCGGCGGCGCCGUCCCCGACGUGGCCGUGAAGUCCCCCAAGGGCAGGAAGCCCAUGUUUGGGAAGAUCUCCUUCCCCGACGUCGAGUUCGACCUCAAGUCGCACAAAUCCCGCGGGGAGGCCUCGCUGGGCCUCCCGAAGGCCGAGGGCGACCUGGAGGUCAAGGGCGACCUCGGCCUGGACGCGGAGGGUCCCGAGGUGAACCUGAAAGGCCCCAAAGUGAAACUCCCCGGGGUCCAGGUGGGCGCGGGGGAGCUGAAAAUCGGGGGGGAGCUGAAGGGCCCCCCCGGCAUCGACGUCGAGGUGAAAGGACCAAAAGCGAAGGGCGACGUCGGCGUGGCCGGAGCACAACUGGAAGGUCCCGAGGUGAACCUGGGAUGGCCCAAGGGGGGGACGGCGGGUGUGGGGCUGGAAAUGCCGGAGGGGGGCUCGGAGGUGGACGUGAAGCUCAAAGGGCCCCAGAUCUCCAGAGCUGAGCUGGAGGGGAACCUGAAAGGACCAAAAUUAAAGGGAGAUUUGGACAUUUCGGGCUCCGCGGAAGGGCCCGGCCUUGCCCUGGACCUCGGCGGGAAGGUGAAGCUGCCCACGGUGAAGACCCCAACUCUGGAGGGCCAGGGGGGCGUCCCCUGCUCCGUCCAGUCCCCGGGGGCCAGCCUGGACCUCCAGGGGCCCUCGCUGGACGUCUCCGGCCCGGAUUUGGAUGUCAACGCGAAAGGACCAAAGUUGAAAGGAGACGUCGGCGUCAAAUCCCCCCAGGGGUCGGCGGACGGCGCCGGCUUGGAAAUCCUGGGGGGCACCAUCAAGCUGCCCUCGCUGAAGCUGCCCCAGUUCAGCAUCUCCAGCCCCGGCCUGGACGGAGGGGAGGCGGGGGUCGCUCUGGAGGGCCCCCAGGCCAAGGGGGGGCUGAAGGGCUCCAGUCUGGGGCUGGAAGGCCCCGAGGUGGAGCUGAAAGGGCCGAAAUUCUCCGCGCCGGACGCCGACCUGAGGCUGAAAGGACCAAACGUGGACGUGGCCGGUGACAUCAAAGGGUCAAAGGUCAGCGUGGAGGCCCCUCACGGAGGGGUCGGCGUCCACCUGGAGGCUCCGGCCGUGGAAGGGUCCGGCUCGGGGUUGAACCUCAACGUGAAGGGGCCCAAGGUCAAAGGCGGGGUGGAGGCGACGCCGCCGUCGGUCAGCGCCGCUUCCGGAACCUUCCAGGCCUCGUGCCCCAAGGCGGGCGCCGAGGGCGGCCAGGUCAAGGUGUCCUUCCCCAAGCUGAGGAUGCCCAAAUUCGUCUUCUCGGAGCCCGAGGCCAAGGGCCGCGAGGUCGGCGUGGACGUCGACUUCCCCGAGGCGGAGCCGGACGAGGCCGAGGCGCGGCUGAAGAGAUCCAAGCUCAAGAUGCCCAAGUUCAACUUCUCCAAGCAGAGGGGCCGGGCCGCGGGGUCCCCCGAGGCCGCCUCGGGCUCCAAGGGCGACCUCAAGAGCUCCAAGGGCAGCCUGGGCCCGUCCGAGGGCGAGCCGGAGGCCGAGGCGCCGGCGGCCAAGGCCAAGUUCUCGCUGUUCCGCGCCAAGAAGCCGCGGCCGCGCUCGUCGUCCUUCAGCGAGGCCGAGCCCGACGGCGCCCGGCAGCCCAAGGGCAAAUUCGGGACCUUCGGGGGCGUCGGCUCCAAGGCCAAGGGCUGCUACGAGGUGGCGGAGGCGGCGGCCGGGCACGAGGAGGGCGCGGGGGCGCCGGGGGCACCGGGCACCGCCCGGCUGUCGUCGUCGUCGUCGUCGUCCGAGGGCGGCGCCCGCGCCGGGAUCCGCCUGCCCGGGCUGGAGCUGGCGGUGGCCAAACGCAAGGAGUGACCCCCGGGGGGGCCAGGGAGGGACCCCGAGGGUCGUGAGGGACCCCUGGGUGGUCGUGAGUGACCACUGAGAGGCCAUGAGUGACCACCAGGCCAUGAGUGACCUCUGGGUGGCCAUGAGUGACCCCCAGGUGGCCACCAGUGACCCCUGGAGUGGCCAAGCAGUGACCCCCGGGGGGGUUGUACAUAGCCCUGCCCCCAGGGACCCCCACGUGUACAGAGGGGGGGGGAGGGGCUGGGGGUCCCCCCUCCCCCCGGAUUUUGGGGUCCCUCCCCCUCCCCCCCCCGGGAGCUUCUCUCUUCUCUCCCAAUUUAUCUUUUUUUUUGGUUUUUUUUGUAUUUUUAUUGGGGUUUAUUUUGGUGUCCCCGGUUUUUUCCUCCUCCUCCCAAAAUAUUUUCAGUGUUUGGUUCGUGGAAAGGAAUUUUUAUUUUUUUCCCCCUCAGUUUUAAUUUUUUUUUUUUUUUUUUUUUUUUUUUUUUGGCGGGGCCGGAGGUUCUGCUGGGAUUUUUUCAAACUUUGGGGUUUUUGGGGUUUUUUUUGGGUUUGUGAAAGAAACAAAACCGAAACUGCAAUUUUUUAUUGGGAAAAAAAACCCCAACCCAACCUGUGGAUUAAUUAAAAAAUAAACCAAGCCCAAAACCAGAUUAAAAAACAAAGCAAAAAAUGGGAUUGGCCAAAAAAAGAAACCAAAUAAAAUGGAAUAAUCAAAAAAACCAAAGUAAAAACGUGCAUUUACCAAAUAAAGUGGAAUUACCAAAGAAACCAAAGUAAAAAUGGGGACCUACUUAAAAAAAAAAAUUAUUGAGGAAAUGAAUCUAAAAAUAAAUUACAUAAAAGAAUUAACAGAGGCAAAAAUGGGUCUGUUAAAAAAGUAAAGCAAAGAAAAGGGGAAUUAUUAAAAAAUAAAAUUAAACGGAUUUAGCCAAAAAAAAAAAAGUUUAAAAAUGUGGAUUUAUUGAGCAGAAUAAACAAAAAAAAUGGUUUAUUAAUAAAAUAAACCAAAGCUGUGGAUUUAUUAAUAAAAAACCACAGAAUAUAUGGAUUUAUUAAUGAAAUAAACCAAAAUAUGUGGAUUUAUUAAUGAAAUAACCAAAAUAUAUGGAUUUAUUAAUGAAACAAACCAAAAUAUGUGGAUUUAUUAAUGAAGUAAACCAAAAUAUGUGGAUUUAUUAAUGAAACAAACCAAACCCGUGGGUUUAUUCCUGCCAGGGCCCCUCGGCCCCGCUGUCACCUCUGGGAGGGCCCCAGGGCUCGCUUCGAUUUUAUUUCAUUUUAUUUCAUUUUAUUUCCUUUUAUUUCCUUUUAUUUUCCUUUUCUAGCUGUUUUGUGCCUGGUUUUGUUGUGUUUGUUGCACCCUCUGGACAAUAAUUUGGUAAAUUCGCUGUUUAGCCCCAAAGUUUCCCAGGAGCGUCCGGGCUCGAGUUCUGUGGGUGAGGAUUUUUUUUUUUUUUUUUUUUUUUUUGGGGGAAAUUUAAAUAAAUUAAAAUUAAAAAAUAAAAAAAAAACCCUCAGAAACCGGCAGAACCCUUUUCCCUCUGCAGCACUUUAACGCCGAUUCACGGGAGAGAAUCCGGGUGGAAAACGCAAAUAAAAUUUGUUUAUUAACCGCGA